AUGGGGUUCGUCAAAGUUGCAACUGAUAUUGGAAGUGCUAAUGGCGAUGUAAUGGAACUGCCGCUAGAAGGCGAUCAAACUCUGUCACUCACCACACUCACAGCCUCGUUUCCGGAGGCCUGUGGACUGAAGUAUAAAAGCUCCUCAGGAUUCACAGGAGGAAUUAGGUGUGUAAAUGGCUGUUUUUAUCCACCAAGCACUGAUGGCUGGGGGAGUGAAGUGUAUCUUUGCAUUUUCAAAGCCAGUGAAGGUUCUCCUUCACUUACACCACUGACCACUAAGAGGGCUAACCCCUUCCAGUCGAUGUACGGAUCAAAAAAUGAAUGGAUAGUAAAGAAAAAUAAAACCGAAGCCAUGCUAUCUUCUGCCUCUGCAGCGGGACCAAGUGAUACUGUUACAAAAAAAAAGAAUUAUAAAAAUUUUACUCGAGAUUUUGUCCUUCUUCAGAAUUGUACGAUCCCGAAAACUCCUCUCUCUGACAAUGCAUUUGAUGCUCUUGGAGCAGAAGGCCUCGUUUUUAGAGGCAUAAAAUUCACCACUGCUAUGUCCGAUGUGGAUGUAGUGAAACAAAUUAACAAAGCUCUAGAGGCAUCUAAACUCGGAAAGAGUAUCGAUUUCACUCUUAUUAACACGAAAUUAAAAAAAAAUGGACCACUUUCAUGUUGCCAAAAAUGUCGCUUUAUUAGAUGGGCAGUUUCUUUUUGAGCGGACAUCAUUAAAAUACUUUAUAUACAUUGUUCCAAAGCAAAACUUAUUCGACGAAGACAACUCCAGCAAAUCUUUUUCUGACAGCGAUUCAUCUGAUCGUGGUGUAUUCAUGUCGGUACCAAAGAAAAAGUUCACCAAAACAUCAAAAACAGCACAGAAGAAGAAUCUGAAUGGAUCUGGUUCCGAUGACACAAACCUCACAGGAGAGAUAAUUCAGUGUUAUAGAAGCAAUGCCCAAAACACUCAACGCACCUUCGUGAAAGUAAACCGCCAAGAAAAGGUUUUGCCAACUCUCAUUUCAAGAAUAUCAGAUAAAGAAUUUAUAUUUACAGCAAAACCAUCAGUAUCUUUCAUAUCAGAAUGUGGUGUGGGUUUCGGUCCUACAAAAGCACUAUGCAGCAAAGCUCUAAAUGAAAUAAGAGUAUCUGACUUCUUAGAAGGCGGUGAUUACCUGAAGACGUUUAUAAGAUGUGAGCCUAUGCUUGAGGAAUUUGAAAAAUACGGAAAAAUCUGUGCGUGGAGUAUCAUGCACAGUGGCAUAACGCCUGCCUUUUUUAACAGAGUUUUUGUGGAAAUUCUUUUACGAGGUUCUGAAGAAGCACUUAAAAUGAACCUAACGCUUGCAGAUGUGGCUAACAGUUCUAUCAGACAAGAAUUACAAGUUGUCAUGGAGGCAGAGGAUGUGGCCUCAAUCAAUUCUGCAAUGGCGGAUUCCUUGCUUUUCCAGUACAUUAGAACCUACACUAGAGUGACACGUGCCAACUUCGAGGAAGAACGAACCAUUGCUGUGAAAGCUGCGUUACAGCACUGCUGUGUGAAAAGGAUUGCGGAUGGAGUCGAAGCUUUUGGCAAAGGAUUUAAUCAAUAUAAUCUAUUGACGUUUCUUAAAGCUCAGCCAGAAGCAGCCAAAGAUAUAUUUUGUCAGAAAAUAGAGAAGAUUUACUCAAAAGAAAUGUUGCUUUAUCAGUUUCAUAUUAGCAAUGAUGAUAGAAAAACACAAGUUUACAAAUUUCUUGUAACAUACUUGGAAAAAGCAGAAGGUCCGGCACCAAGAUUUUCCCUCAACAAUAUACUGGAAAGUAUCACAGGGCAUGUGACUAUCCCGCCUUUAGGAUAUGGAGAGUGUAAGCCUACCAUCCAGGUUACAGAUACAGAAUCUGUUCGUAUCAGGGAGUGCUUCAACCGUCAGGAACUUCCUAGGUCAGCAGAUGAUUACGACAUCUUUGAAAUGACCUUCAAUAUUGCUCUUCAAGAUGUAAGUUAUACCGAAGUCUAAUAAAGGAUAGGCUAACAGGAGUAUUGCCCAUUUAAUGGGCCUUUUACAAAAUUUUGCUAGAGCAAAAAUAAGAGUUGUCUUUUAUAGAAAAUGUCUCAAAAAGCGUGAUGAGCGCAUUGGCCAAGUCUGAAGUGCACUCCUAACUUUACAAUCUGUGUAAAAGAUUUGUGUUUUUUUUAACGCACUGCUUCAAAAACAAUACUACAGGUUAACAUUUUGUUAGAGGAGUCGUUCCAUGCAACCCCUAUGCCCUAGGAUAUACUACACAAUAUUCAACAUGGCCGACACCAAUCCACCAAAAACAUGUAACGCGAAGAGAUUCCAACAUUUUUUUAACAACUAGCAUGUUUUCAUUCACAUUUUCCUCGCGUUGAUAAAGAUCCGCCUUGAUUGGCCUUCGUGUUCCUCUCUUUGCGCAACUAUGUUGAGUAGUACGAAACAUCCGAGUGUGCAAAGGUUGAAUGGAACGACUCCUGCAACGAAAUAUUCACCUGUGCUGUAGUAUAGCUUUUGAAGUGCGGAGCUUAAAAAAAUGCAUAUUUCUUAUGCGGAUUGUGAAGUUAGGAAGAAUUUCAGACUUUGCUGAUGUGCUCAUCAUGAUUUUUUGGCCGUUUUCCGUAUGAAACAACAAUCAUUUUUGCUCUAGCAAAAGUUUGCAACAGGCCCAUUGUAAUUUUAACUUGCAUUCAGUAUUAGUACAAAGUAUUAAUUUGAAGAUUUUGUUCCUUUAUUCACUUUUUCCUUUUUCUUAUUAAACAUAUUCGCACACAAUUUUUUGGGCACUAAAUAUAGCUUCUUUUAUAAUAUUUGACCCAUGUAUUUAUUGGCAUUUUUUGUUUUCCUCUCACAAAGGCUCAAGAAGUUGAACUUUCGAUGGCCGGACUUGUGGCAAAAAUGCCAAUUUUUUUUUUUACCUACUUCUCUUAAGUACCAAUGUUUGUUACCUAGUUAUUAGUACCCCUUUUUCUGGAAUGCUUGUGCUUAACCAAUGUAUGUACUUAAGUAUUACCAAAUUUGUCUUUGCCAUGGAUUUACCAAAUGUGUAUUAUGGCAUACUUUUACGUAAGGUAUGCCUUGUUCCUUUUUUAGCUUUAAAAUGACUGAUUAUGUGUUGUUAAAAUAAGUUACGCCCACCUAAGUGCUUUUAUUCAGUCCAUGUGGAUAAUUUGAGCUCUAAAGUGAUAUUUUACAAGGCUGCAUUUACUCAGGCAUCACCAAACGUGUCUUUGACCUGGGUUACCUAAUAUGUAUUUUGACAUAAUGUUAGGUUAGGUAUGCAUUGUUUCUUUCUUAGCUUUAAAAUGACUGAUGUUGUAUUGUUACAAUAAUUUACUUCCACCUCAGUGGUGUUAUUUAGUCAAUUCCGACCAUUUGAGCUGUGAAGUGAAAAUUUAUAUGGCUGCAUUUACUCAGGCAUUACCAAAUGUGUUUUUGACAUAAUGUUAGGUUGGGUAUGCAUUGUUUCUUUCUUAGCUUUAAAAUGACUGAUGUUGUGUUGUUAAAAUAAUUUACUUCCACCUCAGUGGUGUUAUUUAGUCGAUUUCGACAAUUUGAGCUGUGAAGUGAAAAUUUAUGGGGCUACGUUUACUCAGGUAUUAACAAAUGUGGUUUUACCAUGGAUUUACCAUGUGUGUAUUUUGGUGUGAACUAAGGUUCAAUAUACAUCAUGCCUUUUUGACCUUUCAAAUAACUAAUGUUGUGUUGUUAGAAGGAUUAUUAUUAUUAUGGAGGUCCACUAGUAUGGCAUAUUAUUUGCAACUUGUAAACACACCAAUUUUCUACCUCAACUUACAUCUUCUUUUAGGUAAGGACAACCAUCACAUACGAAUAUGGUCCUGUUUAAGAUUUAUAUUAAGUUUCUCAUUAUAUACUCUCAUAGUAUGUAUUCAUUUGUAUGAGGAUUUGUUCAUUCAUACUCAGAAACAUAUAACCGUCUUGUCUCAUUAAACCUUCAUCGUAGAUUUUCAAUAAAAUAAUUUUUUCUAAAAAAAGGAAAA